UAUCAUCAUUCCUUUGUCUCUCGCUCUCGUUCUCCAUGUAGCUUAAAUAGCUCAAGAAAAUACAUACCAACCAAGCGUUUUGUGAACGUCACGUCGUGGAUUCGCCUUUUGGUGAGAUGUGAAUCACUUGCUCGUGAGGCCGAGCCAAGUCGCAACGACGGCGCAGAAUAAGGGCGGCAAGAUGGCGAGCACGGGCGAGGUGUGGGUCCAGUGGUUCACGUGCUGCCUUACCCAGCAGCGACCCGGGGCGCGUAGCAAGCGCCAGAGGCCCCAGCAGAGGCUGAGGAUAGACCGGAGCAUGAUCGGGGCCCCGACGAACUUCCAGCACACUGGUCACAUCGGCACCGGUGACCUCGACAUGGCCAGCGCCCACCUCAACGCCAUCCAGAACCAGAUGCAGGGCAAGGGCGGCUACGAGGCCUCUUUCGGUGUCAAGGCCUGCUGAGAGUCGGCCGCCCCGAGGAUGCUCGAGACCGAUCUGUGAGAGAUAUCCUCGCCGACGCCGCCAUGAAGAUAGGGGAGGGGGUGGCACGUCGACCUGGGCAGCAACGAGA